CCAUAGUGACGAAACGGAAGGUGUUUGUGUGGACGAAAACAUAAAACUUUUACAUUAUACAGCUUUCAAAAGCGAUGGAUUCAGUACUUCUGCAUGGAGAGGCCGAAGGUUAUAUUCAGAGUCUGGAGAAGAUGUCAUUGCGAGAUAUCGGAAGCCCAAGGUGGUUUCAUCAACAUGAAUACAUUGAGAAGCUGAAUAUGCAAGCUAUUCUGAAUGCCAGUGCCAAUCAGGAGGAAUUCAUAAAAGACCUCUUUGUUUCUCUUGGAAAGAUACCCACACUGGUACAUUCAAUGAUACUUACAGAAGUCUGGAAACAUAAAGUGUUUCCCAUAAUUUGCAAACUCCAGGACUUUAAUCCAAAGAGCACAUUUCUACUCCACAUGGUGAUUCAUCAUGAAGCUACCAUUAUAAACCUGCUGGAGACAAUUAUGUACCACAAAGAGUCCAGUGAGGCUGCUGGUGAUAGUGUACUUGAUUUAGUGGAUUACUGUCAUCGCAAACUGACAUUACUGGCAGGACGCUCUGUCUCUGGAGAGAUCCCAACUGAGGACCGAAUUACACAUGCACAGAUGUCAGACACGGCGUCUGUACAGGAUCUGCAAAGACAAAGUGACAUGUUAGAGUUUGAAAUCUCGAUCAAGGCUCUGUCAGUACUUUGCUACAUCACUGAUCACAUUGAGAGUUUGGGUUUGAGUGUGCUCUCAAGGAUGCUGUGCACUCAUAAUAUGCCCUGUGUGCUGGUACAGCUGGUGGAAAAUUGCCCAUGGAACAGAGGAACACUGGAAAAAUACACAGAGGGGAAGUGGAGAACCGUCCCGCCUGAAGAUCAGCUAAAGUUGAGUAAACAUGAUGGCCAAGUGUGGAUGGCUUUACUGAACCUGCUGCUCAAACCAGACUGCCAACGGAAAUAUGAUUUCAAUAGCUUUAACAAAACACAGCUUUUAAAGCUUCGUAGGUUUUUGACAGAGGUUGUGAUAGAUCAGUUACCAAAUCUACUUGAUCUCAGGCACUUUCUCAGUCAACUUUCUAUCACAGAUCCAGCAGCCCCUAAAAAAGAUCUCAUCUUGGAGCAGAUACCAGAGAUAUGGAAUAAUAUUGUAACGAAGAACAGCAACAAGUGGAAAGCCAUUGCUAAAUACCAAGUGACACAUGUUUUCAACCCCUCUGAAAUUGAAUUAAGAGAACAAGCUAGCAGGUUGGCUCAAACAUAUAAUCUGGAUGUGAUGGAGAAUUUAGUCCCAGACAAACCCAAGUGUGGAGCCUGUGGAAGAACAGGUGCAAAACGCUGCUCCCGCUGUCAGGGAGAGUGGUAUUGCAACAGAGAGUGUCAGGUGAAACACUGGCCCAAGCACAAGCCUGCAUGCAAACUCAUGGCAGAGGCCAUACAAAAACUACAGGAGGAACCCAACAUCAGCAGGUGAAGUACAGGACUAAUAAAUGAAAGGGCUGAGAAAGUGAUGCUGGGGGACACACAAGUUCAUAAGAACACAUCCACUAUGAAACUCUAUGAAAAAUGUAAUGGACACUGAUAGAAAAGGACAUUAAGAUACAAAAAACUGUUCCAGACAGUUCUUUCCUUAGCUGUUAUAUGUUUGCAUAUCGUUUGUUUGAAGAAGGUAAAAAGAUCAUUCCUUUAAGAAAGCUUUCAUACAUAUUCUUUGUAAAUUUAUAUUUUUAUGAACAUGAUUAUAAAUGACAUCAUUUAUUAACAAUAGUAACUUUUAGUUGAUUAAUAACUGUUACACUGUAAUCUUUAUACUGACAUACUGUGUUGUAAUUUAAAGAAAAUGAACUUAAUGGCUAAACUACACUUGAGAUGCAAGCACAUUGAUUUUUUACUGAAAAAAACUUUAUUGUAUCUGUUGUAAAUGAUUUCCUUUGUUUUGAAAACAAAAAGGAGAAAUUUUGAACAAUGUAAACACUGUUUUCUAUGCAAUUACAA